CGCCCCGCCCCCGGCGGCCGCCCGGCCCCCCGCGCACGCGCACUGGCGCCGCCCCCCCACGCCGCCUCGUCGCUCUCGCUCCGGCUCCCGCCCAGGAGGCGGCCGACCCGAGCCCCGCCGGCCGCCAGAUCUGCAGGCUCUGUCGGCCGCUCGCUGCCCUCCAGCCUGUGCGUGGGGACGCUCCCGUGAGCCGGAGACAUGGCGACGGAGGACAAGAAGCCCGAGACAGAGGCCACCCGCGCGCAGCCCACCCCCUCGUCCUCGGCCACGCAGAGCAAGCCCACCCCCGUCAAGCCGAACUACGCGCUCAAGUUCACACUGGCCGGGCACACGAAGGCUGUGUCGUCCGUGAAGUUCAGCCCCAACGGGGAGUGGCUGGCCAGCUCCUCUGCCGACAAGCUCAUCAAGAUCUGGGGUGCUUACGACGGGAAGUUCGAGAAGACCAUUUCUGGGCACAAGCUGGGCAUAUCGGACGUGGCCUGGUCCUCAGACUCCAACCUGCUGGUCUCCGCCUCCGACGACAAGACCCUGAAGAUCUGGGACGUGAGCUCGGGCAAGUGCCUGAAGACCCUGAAGGGCCACAGCAACUACGUCUUCUGCUGCAACUUCAACCCUCAGUCCAACCUCAUCGUCUCUGGCUCGUUUGACGAGAGUGUGCGGAUCUGGGACGUGAAGACUGGAAAGUGCCUGAAGACGCUGCCCGCGCACUCGGACCCCGUCUCUGCCGUCCACUUCAACCGUGACGGCUCCUUGAUCGUGUCCAGCAGCUACGAUGGGCUCUGUCGCAUCUGGGACACGGCCUCGGGCCAGUGCUUGAAGACGCUGAUUGACGAUGACAACCCGCCCGUGUCCUUCGUCAAGUUCUCGCCCAACGGCAAGUACAUCCUGGCUGCCACCUUGGACAACACGCUGAAGCUCUGGGACUACAGCAAAGGCAAGUGCCUGAAGACCUACACGGGCCACAAGAACGAGAAGUACUGCAUCUUCGCCAACUUCUCCGUCACAGGAGGGAAGUGGAUCGUGUCGGGCUCCGAGGACAACCUGGUGUACAUCUGGAACCUCCAGACCAAGGAGAUCGUGCAGAAGCUGCAGGGCCACACGGACGUGGUCAUCUCGACGGCCUGCCACCCCACGGAGAACAUCAUCGCCUCGGCCGCGCUGGAGAACGACAAGACCAUCAAGCUGUGGAAGAGCGACUGCUAGGCGCAGCCGCGCUGCAGGACCACCCGGAGCCCCGUGUGCCCGCCCCUGGCCACUCCAGGCCGUGUGCAGAGUCCGUAGGAAUUUUUAAUUUUUUAUUACAAAGCGUGAGUUCACUUGAUCGGCGUUGUGUGUUUGUCCCGUGGUGCUGUCCUGCCUCCCGCCCGCGCCCUGGGCCUGCAGGGGGCAGCUCUGAGAGGGGCUCCGGAACUGGUGGAGGAGCAGGGGGGCUUCGCGCUGCCUCCUGACGCCCCUGCAGGCGGGGCCUGGGGCCUCGGCAUCCGUCUUGGGGGAACAGACCCCCCGCAUGAGGGGCCACCCUGGAGCCUGGUUGGCACCUGUGCCCAGUGCCAGCGUCCCCGGGAAAGGCGGAAGGAUGGGGGGCGGGGUUCUGGACCGUGGGGGAGGCAGAGGGGGGUCCUGGCGCUGUGGCAGGCGGUGGGUGGCUGCCUCGGUGCGCCCCAGGGCCAGGCGUCAGGCCUGGCUGUCCCCAUCUCUGGCGCUGGGAGAGGCCUUGUCACAGCCUGCGUGGGCCCGGGCGGGGCUGCCACCAAGCCCCAGGCCCUCCAAUAGAGUUUAUUUUUUCUACAUUUGAACUCUCUGUUGUAGAUUUCUGUAAAAAUGCAUUCUUUUUGAAAAAUAAAAGAUUUUCAAACCUUGUAA